GAUACUAAUCAAGGGAGACCACCAAUGUGUGCAUGUAAACGUAAACAAUGAGUGACAAUCGCGAGGAUGUGAGAAAUCAUUGAGGUUUAUGACUUAAAAAUAAACUAAGCAGUUAUGUUGUAGUUGUGCAAGUGUGAACAUUGUGACAACCAAGCUUAAAGGCGAUUUUGUUUAAAAUGAAAGACAAACUGUUUCGAGAAAACAACAUGGCGGAAAACAUGGAAAAUGAUGAGCAAGAUGCAGACGAGUUUUACAUGGAGCAAGAUUCUGACACUGGCGCAAUGGACAUGGAAAUGGAACCCACCCCUGGUGCAGACGAAAUAGAGAGACUUCUCAUGGAAGCUGACAUUUCUGAUAUUCCCAAAAUUAUUAUCGUGACAAACGUGGAUGUUAGUGUUUAUGAAAAUGACAAUUCUAAGGAAGAGUUUGAGCAGACGUUCAAAGUGUAUGAUGAGAAUGCCACCUUCCAAUACUUCAAAAGUUUCAGAAGAGCAAGAGUCAAUUAUUCAUCACCAUUGUUUUCUGCCAACGCUAGAAUAGAUUUACACGAGGCCUUUGUUUGUGGUCAGAGGAUAAAAUGCUUCUUUUUUCAGCCAAUCACUAUACCGAAGGACACAGAUGACCCUCACCUCAAGUUACCCGCCCCCCACAAACAGUUCUUGAUUUCUCCACCUGCCUCCCCGCCGGUAGAUUGGGAACAGACCCUUGAGAGUCGUCCUGUCAUCAACUAUGAUCUAAUCCAGGCCAUAGCACAACUAGCACCAGGGGAGGCCCACGAGAUACACCCACAGUCCAAGGACCAGCCUGGGAUCAUAGUCCACAUUUGUGAGGACCCAGAGGGAUACCAGUCACCCGGGAAACCGUGCAUACAGCAGACAAAAUGUCCAGAGAGGAAUACGUGAUUGCGCAAUACUGGCCGCCCCUACUAAGACCAACCUUUUAAUGUGUAGUUACUGUAGAAAUAAGCAUACCUUGACAAACUACUUUAUUGUAGAUUUCUUAAAACUGAGCUUUUAAGGAAAGCUGACAAUUUUUAAAUAUACCAUGGGCUAAACUACAAAACAAAGCACAUAUAGGCUUUUGCAUGUUUUUAUAGGUUUUGCAUUUUUCAUUCCUUUUUCCGUUACAAUAUGUGGUUUAGAGAGAAAAGUGUUGCGCAAACAAGAUUGGGGAUUUGAAUACAUGCUUUCAAUUUGGUGUGUUCCUGUAAUAUAGCAUACACUCUUGUUGUAUAGUAUCAUUAUGUUUGUUUAGUUUAUAGGAAGUUUUAACUUGGGGAGCUAUUCAGUCUCAUAUCUUCUUUGUUAUUUUGAUGUGUUUGGUGUUGCAUUUAAACUUCAUUAUUUUUAUUCAAGAUAGCAAGGCUGUACAAUUACGUUCAUUUUUAAGUUAUUAAAUCAUGCAUAAAGAUCAUUUUUCCUGUAAUUAACUGUUGUUAAUUCUUAAUCAUUUGCAAAGUGUUUUUUUUUUAUGGCAUCAACCGAUUUCUGUCAUAUUCUGGAGAAACUUGAAUAUAUUCUGUAUGGAGGUUGUUUCUUUCUAGCAUAUACACAAUACAAAGUCAGCGUGCCAAGUUGAUGUAAAAUACAAAGAUUUGAGAUUUCUUAGGCAACAGAUUGAUAAUAUUGUGAGCUUAUUCUAGAAUACACUGUAAAAUGAAGACCACUUUCAAGAUAUCAAAUCUUUUUACAGCUCGUUUAAAACCCUAAGAAACCAAACUUUAGUCUUACUAUACAUUGGUUGCGCCACUGUGAAGAGAUGGGAUAUUUGAUUUAUGCAUGGUUAUUAGUGUCACCUUUCGUGACCUGUUUUUCAAAUAUUUAGAUGAUAAAUGAAGCUCUGCUUCAUUGUUUUGAUUGUUUUUGUUUGAUUCCUUUGAAUAUGUGCAUUGUGCAAACUGCACUAAUUGCUCCCAAGCAAUUAAAUAUUUGAUCAUUCUCAGUCAGAUACCUUUUUUUUUUUAUAUUCUUGAGGAUAUAAUGAAUGUAAAUACACCAGAAAAGCUUCAAUAUCAUAGGUUUGUAAACCAUAGCAGUAGCAUAAAUAUUUUUUAUAAAUAGGGUUGGAAGAUAGUGUACAAAUCUGUGGUGAUAUGUAGCUUAAUGACUGAUUUGUGGUUAAGACAUGUUGGUGGACAUUCUCAAAGCAUUUUUCUUUGUUGAGUACAGUAACUGACGCUGAUUUACAUCUGUUAUGAAAGACAAGUAGUUAGAUAUUUUGGUUAUUUUCACUUUAAAAAAGCUUAUAUUGUUCACUGAAAUCAAAUGAUGUUUUACCAAAUAAAAUAUUAUUAGCCACCAAACAGCAGGUAAUAAAGUUUGAGAAUCCUUUGAAAAGCAUAUAAUAAAAUUUAAUACUAAUUCUUGAAUUAGAUUUUAACACAAACAACAAUAUGGAAUUGGAACAAAUGAAUCAGUUUCAGCAGGAAGCAUGUGUCUUUCAAACCCAGCAUCAUAAACAAUACAGUCAUAAAUGUACUUUAAUUUUGUAAUUAUCAACGCAUUUUUUAUUAUGCCCCCCUUCGAAGAAGAGGGGGUAUAUUGCUUUGCUCAUGUCGGUCCGUCUGUCGGUCGGUCUGUCGGUCCAUCCACCAGGUGGUUGUCAGACGAUAACUCAAGAACGCUUGGGCCUAGGAUCAUGAAACUUCAUAGGUACAUUGAUCAUGACUCGCAGAUGACCCCUAUUGAUUUUGAGGUCACUAGGUCAAAGGUCAAGAUCACGGUGACCCGAAAUAGUAAAAUGGUUUUUGAAUGAUAACUCAAGAACGCAUACGCCUAGGGUCAUGAAACUUCAUGGGUAGAUUGAUCAUGACUCGCAGAUGACCCCUAUCGAUUUUGAGGUCACUAGGUCAAAGGUCAAGGUCACGGUGACCCGAAAUAGUAAAAUGGUUUCCGGAUGAUAACUCAAGAAUGCAUAUGCCUAGGAUCAUGAAACUUCAUGGGUAGAUUGAUCAUGACUCGCAAAUGACCCCUAUUGAUUUUGAGGUCACUAGGUCAAAGGUCAAGGUCACGAUGACCCGAAAUAGUAAAAUAAUUUUCGGAUGAUAACUCAAGAACGCUUUUGCCUAGGAUCAUGACACUUCAUAGGUACAUUGAUCGUGACUCGCAGAUGACCCCUAUUGAUUUUCAGGUCACUAGGUCAAAGGUCAAGGUCACAGUGACAAAAAACGUAUUCACACAAUGGCUGCCACUACAACGGACAGCCCAUAUGGGGGGCAUGCAUGUUUUACAAACAGCCCUUGUUAAGCAUUUAAUAUGACCGUCUGCAUUGUUACAACUUUAAUUUAGACCUUAUUUGUUAAAAUUAUACUUGUGACCUAUGUAUUAUUCUGUAUUCAAAUCAUGUAAAGGCAUUACUGUUUUAUUACAAUAGUUAUUCCAAUAUUUCUGUCAUACAAAAAAUAUUCAUUCUUUAUAAAUCUACAUGUCAGAGUAACAUUCUACAAAUGUGAACAUUUAAGAAGCCUCCACAUAUUUGUGUAAAAGAUUUAAAGAAAAAUAUACUCUGUUUGUGUCAAAUAUAAUACCUUAAAAAAUCAGCAAAAAAACAUAAAACUGCACUUCUUUUUAUGUCCCCCAUCCACUAUAGUGGGGGACAUAUUGUUUUUGCACUGUCUGUCUGUUGGUCUGUUGGUCUGUUUGCUCCAACUUUAACAUUUGCAAUAACUUUUUCAAUAUUCAAGAUAGCAACUUGAUAUUUGGUAUGCAUGUGUAUCUCAUGGAGCCACACAUUUUGAGUGGUGAAAGGUCAAGGUCAAGGUCAUCCUUCAAGGUCAAAGGUCAAACAAAAAAAUCAAAGCGGCGCAGAAGGGGGACAUAGUGUUUCAGACAAACACAUUUCUUGUUCAUUAUGUACAUAACAUUGAAAACAAAUGCUGAAUAAUGGUGAUCUAAAAUGUAUUUACCUAGGUACGAAUAUUGACUUAUUUGUUCUGGAUGAUAUCGUUUGUAAUAUUUGUUCGUAUUCAUAACAUUUGGGCAUUUGUUUUGGAAUGUCUUGCUGUAUUUUAAUUAUGGUACAUUUUUGCCAUUGUUCAAGAAUCUGUAUGAGCUUCAGUUACGCACAUUAUUUAUUUGUUCAUAAGUGACUGGUGACACAUUUUUACAUUUUAAAAAUGUCCUAAUGUUAUUAAAAUAAAUGGCUGUGGACAUGAUUUUCUGUUUUCAAUGUUGGUGCAAAGGUUUAAUAUUACACUGUAUAUGUAUUGCCUCAAUAUCCAUGGUUUGUAGACAUUGCAUGUUUGUAAACACUCAUUAUAACUAACUAAUUGACUUGAUCACAUUUUAUCAUCCGAUUCAUAUUUGUUAUUUAAUCAUUGAAUGAUUACAUGUAUAAUAAACUAGUACAAAUGGUUAA